UCUAAGUUUACAUGUCUAUACUUAAAUGCGCUUGCGCAGCCCACGCUGCGCUGUGACUUACAACAUUGAACUAUUAUUGAUUGUAUUGGUUUGUUGAGCGAGUCUGACGUCCUAUACUGUACUAGAUGGUAUACAAUUUUCAAUAAACAAAAACAACGGUUAAUUCUGAAAUAAAGUUAUGUCGGCAAACUGGAUAAAAUUGCAGUUAAUUUGUUUGUUUUCAAUAUGUGUUUAUGAAUAAAUAUUGAGAUUGGAGAAUGGCGGAGUCUUGUAGGUUUGGAAACCAUAACAUAGAAAGUAAAACAUCAAACAAUCAAGAUGAAAACUUUUGUAUAAUACAUGUUUUAUGUGUAUUUAUAUCACUUGUUACAAUAUUAGCAGAUUUGACGACUGAUGUUAUUGUUUUCGCCGAAUAUUGUAAAGAUGGCCAUUUUUACUGGGCGUUUGGCACAUUCAUUUUCAUAGUUACUCCAAAUAUCCUUAUAAAUAUAUUUUCGAUCAGGUGGUUUGUAACUGAUCAAAAAUCUAGUUUACGUCAUUGGAUUACUCAUAUUUGCCUGGUCGGAUUGUUGGAAAGGUAUAUUAUCUUUCUUCGUAAAGUAUUUGUGUGCAAAAAUUUAGAAUCUAUUAAAACUCACAAAUUAAUCUCACAAAGAAAUGAUUUGAGUUUACUACAUUUUUUGUAUAUAUUUAUUGGAACAGUGCCACAAAUAAUAUUACAAACUUAUGCUAUUGUAACUUUAGAUGAAAAUUACUAUACAAAAGGUAAGCUACUAUACUUGGAUGUCAUAUCAAGAUUUCGUGAAUUACUUAGUUACGUGAAAAUAAUUAAUAUAGAAAUAUUUAUUUUUCAGUAUUUGCUUUAACAGCGUCGAUUGCCUCUGUGAUAUGGGGUUGCGCUACGUAUAUCUACAGUAUUACAGCAUUUUCUAGUGAGAACUUUAGUUGGUAUUCAAUAUUACUCAAGCUCAUAUGGCACUUUGGAAUGUUAAUCGGAAGGAUUCCAGGAAUAUUAUUAUUUGCUGUAAUUUUUGGAAUAUGGACAUUGAUACCAUUAGGUAAACAUUAAUUUUUAGAUACUCACUUUCAGACACUCAGAUUCUCUUCUACACGUUACUAUAGUUUAUUAUUAUUUGCAGGUUUGCAUUGGUUUGCAAUGACCUUUUGGAUUGUGGUACAGAAAACAACAUUCUGCCCGAAUAAAUUAGAAGAAACUCUCUAUAAUGUAGUCAUGGGGUUUGUUUAUUGCUUUUGCUACAUAAACUUACGAGAAGGCCACACACGAUAUCGUUUGAUGCUAUUUUAUACUUUGAUGAUAUCACAAAAUUUUGGAAGCUUGUUUUUGUAUGUACUCAUUUCCGACACUGAGCGACAAAAGAAAUCAUGGUCCAUUGCUGCAGCCAUCUGUAUAAUAUUUGGAACAAUAGUUGGAAUUCUCUCCAUGAUAUUAUAUUAUAGAUAUUUUCAUUCAACGGGACCAAUUUCGUGGAAGAAUGACGACAUUGAAUUGAACAAUAAAGUAGCUGUACAAGAAUCAAACAAUAAAAAAGAUCAAGGAAGUGGAUUAAAUCAUGUUCGAUCAUUUAAAAGCUCACGCAAAAACGAGGAAUCAGAUCCUAGUUCUAGUAAAGAAGUAUCAACAGAACAAGCUCAAAGGCAAGAGAGUGAAAAUGCUGAUAAAAAGUUCUUACUGGAACAUUGGAUAGCGAGAUCUGGUACACCUACUUUUACUUCGGCGCCAAUCGGGAAUAAUAGUUUAGAAGCAUCUAGUAUAGAAUUUUACACCGUUGAAAAUACUCCACAAACUGUUAUACAAGAAGAGGAAUAUAAAUACAAGAAUAACAAAAAGAGAGCUAUUUGUUCUCCAACAGAAUUGGCAUUAAAGCUUAGUUCUAUGGAGAAUUUAGAAAGCUCAAUAGAUGAAAUAACAUCGAGCAAUUUAAAUUUGCAUAAAAGAAGAGGCAUAUGUUCUUCUGACGCUUUGAGAGAUGAUUUGACUAAUGCAAACCUGGAUGUUUGCAAUCUAGUUAAUGAAGAAUUUAUGAAAAUGUUAAAAACAGAUAGUUCGGUUAUCAGUCAUGAUACAGAUGGAUCUAAUAAGAAGACAUCUUCUGAUUCUAUUGAUAUGGACUUAGAUUUAAGUUUUAGUGAUAUUAAUAGUUCCGAUAUAAACACUUUUAAUGAAAACAUUGUUCAAAAAUUAUGUUUGAGCGCUCUCAAAAAUAUAAAAGUGGGAAAUCAGGAUGCAGAUAUUGAAAACAUACAAAGGAUAGCGUUAGAUAUACUCAAGGAAAUGUAUGCUAAAAAGGAUAAAAACAAAAUCGGAAUAGGGACAGAUUUAUUCCCAUCGAAACCACGAGAGCUAGAUACACCAACCGAAAUUUUAUCCGUUCAUGAUUAUGAAAAUAUAUGUGCCGUAAAUAUUGCCCGCGAAGCUUGGGGGCUCCGGUCUUGGAAUGGUUAUUCUGAUAUAGAGAACUGGCUCCACGAUGGAAGUGUAGUAAGAGAUCGAAGAAGAGACACAUUGACAUCAGGUAGCUCUGAAAUAAGUAGCUGUGUUUCACAAGAACUAAAAAAUGCAAUUUUAGCUGCACCACCAUUUCCUAAGAAACCACAUACGUACUCUAAUGUAUUUGUAAAAUUUGAUAGAACAAAUCAAGACGACUAUGCAAAUACAUUAGUUUCACAUGAUGAUACAUUUUUAGCAAAGCCAUGUAUGGCAGAUGUAAGUAAAGAUCCGAACCAUUUAGAACCCAUAAUGGAAGAGUUAGAUGACUUAGGAGAUAUUGAUCCGUCCAAUAAGAAAAGAUUGAACUCUGAAAGUUCUUUGGUCGCAACUAUAGAUGAAAUUCGUAAAUCGACUGCAACGAACUCUCCACGCAAUUUGUAUUAUAGACGAGAACAUUUAUGGGAUUCACCUCAGUUUAACACGUCUACAAAAAUCGAUUUAAAACAAGCCCUUUGGAAAGAACCAUCUAAGUUUGACUCGAGUAAUAUAAUGGAAUCCUUACCAGAAAAAGAGAACUGUAUGAGCAUUGCACAGAGAACUAAAUUUGAAACGAUAAAAAAAGAACUUAAUGUUUCUAAUGUGUCAUCAACAUCCACAGAUUCUCCGACUGGAGAAAUUGUUACUGUUUACAAUAAAAAUACAAGACGUCGUCAAAAAUCAAACUCGAGUAAUAUAAAAAUGCAAAGCAAGAAAAUCAAUAUUAAACCUGAACAAAAUCAACACGAUUUGUCAAAUAAAGACAUCGACUUUUUAUGGCAGUUAGUUUCAGAAAGCUCUGUUCCCAGUAAUUCCAAUGAAGACUGUUCAUCAAAUAAAAUAUCGACAUCAUUACAAUCUCUGAUACAGAAAGAUAGCGCGAUGCCUGUCGUUAACACUUCUACAUCGAAAAUAUCGAAUGUUAAGAAGGGAGCGAGAAGCAAGCCUCGGCGAAAGUUUUCUAUUUUAAGAGAACGAUUUGAACCUAGAAUAAAUUUAAAUUCAGACGAAGAAAUUUUAUACAGGUCAUGUGAAAUUAGUCAACCCCAAACAGAUCCCAGCGUUGUAAAAGUUAAAAAUCAGUUUGAUGUAGAUCAAGAAGUAAGGACAAUGCCCCGAAAGCAAAAUUACGACAAUUCGUCAUUUGAAUCGAAUGAAUUUAUGCCAAGCACUGCGGGGUGCGACUUAAUUAUGUCCAAAAAUAUUAAGGAAAAACGAUCAUUAUUCAUGAAACAAGUUCUGAGCCCACCAAAAUUCAAUACAAAAUUACGACAUAAGGUGUAAGUUCGUGCAUAAAAUUAUGUGGUGACUAUUAGUUCCUAGUAUUUUUGUAUUUAAUCACCAGAAGGAAAGUCAAUGUUAACAUAGAUCUCAAAAUGAGUGUAGUCAUUUUAUACUACCACUAAGUUACAUUUUAUACAAUUUAGAGAAAUUCCUUUGGUUUACAUCACUGUCUAUGCACAGACACUUUAGCUUAUAAGAAUAUUGUUUUAAAUGCAACUGAUGAUAUUUUAUAGAAAUAGUCUUCCAUAUUGUGAUAUUAAUCGAAAUUUUAUCUGCUGUAACUGUGUCAUUGUAUGAUUGUGUUUUGUAUAGUUGAAUUUGUGAUAAUAUUUAAGUAUGAAAUGAUUACAAAUUAUGAAAAUGACAUAUCUAAAACUUGCCUUGUAUUUUAUGUUAAGCCAGUAUUCUAGGUACGUUACUUAUAGUUAACACAAUGAAUUUAAAAUAAAAUGAUUAAAAUAUUUGGGUGUAUUUAAUGACAUGUUAAAAUAAUUCGCACUUUAGAGAAAAUAUAAUUUAUUAUAAUAAAUAAAAAAUUAAGCUGUCACUAGAUUACAAAUGUAGCUACACUAAGUAAUAAAAAUAUUAUUUUUCGCAUUUAUAAUGCUUUAUAAAUAGAAGAUAUUACUCAACAAUAUUGUCUCGAUUAUCACAUGAUGGUACUAUAUACUAAAAACCAAUUAAAAUAUUUUUCAUUAUCACUAACAUUACCAUAAAAUUGACAAAUAUUACUCUGAUAACAGUCUUCUUAUACAAUACAAUGGCUCAAAAUAUAAAUAGUAAUAACUUCCUACCAUGUACUAAAAGUACCACUAAAACGAUUACCAGCUCAAAUACUAAAUACAACUUCUUGCUCCCAAAAUUAAAUAAGAUACAUUGAAAUGCUCUGAAUAUAUACCAUUCAAUAAAAAGGAUUAAAAUAAAUUACAUGAUUAGUUAUGUGUAUGAAAAAACCAUUAUGUACAUACCGAAAAUUAGAGUACAUGAAAAACAUUCAAGUUAAAGAUACGAGUAUAUCACAAACUUAUAGAUCAGUAGUCAUAACAUUAGUAAGGAGACGGAUACGAUGUGCAUUACAAUUUCGGCAAAGAAUGUGAUCAUCCAGAGGAUAACAUCCUCUGCCUUCUGAUUCUGAAGAUAGUAAUAAUCCGCAGUCUUCACAUCUAUAACAUCUCACAUGAAAGCUGCGAUCCAAUGCUACCACUCUUACAGUUUCUUCUUCUCCUUCUUCUGGCAUGAUAGGCAAUUCGCAAACACAACAACGAGGUGCAAAUUUCUUAUGGAAGUCUUCAAUACAAUGAAUUUGAUUCAUUGCAUCAACAGUAAAUGGUAUUCCGUCCAAGCUUUUCCCACAUACAACACAAGUGAAACAGUUGGGAUGGUAAGGUUUCCCUGUGGCUCUUAGAAUUCUAUCUAGAAUCGGCAUGUCACAAACAGAGCAUUUUUCUAAGGUUUCGUAGUAAUCAGUUUCACAGUAAGGUUGACCUUCAACAGCAUAGAAUGGCUUCCCUUGCAAAUUUACGUUACAUCGAUGACAACAGAAGCAUGUCACAUGAUACAUGUUUCCCAUUGCAGUACAUCCAGAACUCUCACCAAUUACUUUUCCGUCGCAUUUGACACAUGUUCCAAAUACAUCUAAAUCUUGACUGUCUGUUAUAGAUUUCACAAGCAUAUUAGUAAGUGCAUCAACCUCUUCUUCUUUGUGAAGUGGUGACUUACUUGUGUUAGACAAGUUAUUGCGAUAGUUGUGCAGUGAAUUAGACUGAGAUGACAAGUUGCUAUGUGGGCGUGGGUUAAUAGGUUCAUAAAGUGAUUCAUAAGUUGAAGAUUGUGAUGCUCCAUAUUCAGAAAACUCAUUCUGAUAGAUAGGUGGAUAAUUGGGCCUUUCUUGAUUAUAGUUCAAGUUUGCAGUGGCUCUGACUAAUUCACUGUAGUUAGAGCUGACAGGUGAUGGUGGUGGUAAAUAUUCUUCGUUAUGUUGAGGCAUGUUAUAUGGUUUCGACGAAGAAAUCGAAAUUGAGGGUGGUGGAGGAGGUGGCGGUGGCGGUGGUGGCACCGGAGGCAAGUUAUCAUUGGUUCUAUAUGGUGGUACAUUGCUGUAUGUUGCAUUAUAAGCCUUAGGAGGCAUAGGCAAGUUUUGCCGAUACGUAUGGUUAAAUGAUGACAAAUUCAGCUGAUUAACGUUAGCGUAGUCUUUAUGAAUAUGAGGCCGUGUGUUGCCUGGAAGUGGAUUUCUGUAUGUCAAAUUGUUACUUGCAGGUGGCAUUAUCAUAGCUGAAUAUGAUGGCUCACAUAUAGUGCUUACUACAGCACUGUGUGGCACUUGAGGUUGAGCUUUCUUUUUUGGUGGCACGGCUGGUGGUAUCUUUUUUACCUUUCCAGUAGUAUUUAAAUCUUUAGCCAUUUGUAACUCAGCUAAUUGCUUUUCAAGAGCGUCAAUGUUAUCAAGUCGUGACAUUUCUGCGAUUUUAUUGACCUGAUAAUGAAAAAUGGCAAAUAAAUGUUAAGGUUUAUAAAUACCUUGAUAUUUUGCAGAGUUCCUUAUUAUAAUUAGUAAAUAAUUUAGUUAAAACCACAUAUUUUUUUCGAGCAUAGCUCACACUUUAUAUAAUGUAAGACAAUGCUUUCCUUAUCUUGUGUCCACUUGUCUUGAUUGCCUUGCUUUGGUACGACGAUGACAAGUUCCCAGCACACGUCAUAGAUACAUUUUGCAAAUUGCGGCGCAUGCGCUGCA